GUGUGGUUUUGAUUUUUUACAGUGAAGUGUCAUAGAACGGUCUGACAAAACUUUAGCAGAGGAGCUGUGAUGGAGGCUAGUCUUGUUGCAGAUACCGGGCAGUCUGGUCCUCUGAUCUCCCUCUCCUCCUCCCCCUCUCCUCUCGCUCCUUCCUCUGCUCCAUCACGACCGUUUCGACCCAAACCUCCUCCCCCUCCCACCCCAAAACCUCCCCCAAACCUGUCCCGCUCUCCCUCUCUAUCUCUCCCUUUAUCCCCCGCAGUCAAAACCCCAUGUUUCAACCCUCCCCCGAACUUACCCCCUCCUCUGUCUCCCACCCCCGCGAGUCCAGUGCCCCCUGUCCAGCAACCCGAGGCAGCUCCGCCAACCAAAACAUCUCCUACACCUGAUUCUUCAGACUCUCCUUUUGAUCCUUUAAAAUCUCCUGAAGCUCCAGCUCUGAGCCUCACAGAGAAGCUUCACCAGACCUCUCCAAUAUGGCGGCCGAAAGGAUUGACUCAAGACCAAGUAACCAGCAUCCUGAAGGAGGAGCGACCCGGGCUCUUCUUGCUUCACGGCGCAGAGGAGGGAGGCGUGACGCUGUCUGUCCAAAAGUCCGACCAACGAGAGCCAGAGGUGCUCAACCUGAGAGUGAAGCAACACGGGGCCUUUCUGCACUUGGAUGGUUCCUUCCUGGUUUUUGAUGACAUCUUUAAACUCCUGUCUUUCUACUGUGUCAGCAGGGACGUCCUUCCUCUGUCGCUAAGGUUACCCCAGGCCAUCACCACGGCAACGAAAAGAGAGGAGCUCGAGGUCAUUGCUGCCACAGGAAAAGAUUUCUGGACUUCAGACCUGCAUCUUCAGUCGAAACAGGACUGCAGCAGCUCACACUGUAGCAGAGUCUAUUUGCAUCUGAAUCCAGUUAUAGUUGAGGAAAAUCCAAUUACACCAGACAAGCCUGAGACAUGUACGUCCUCCAAACCCGAAGACUCCACCUCCCAGAAUGCCUCCUCACCUCUGCACAACGGAGAGACCCCCGAGAAGGUCAACCUCGGGGUCAAAGUUCACAACAAACCCCAUUUGGAUACGAAAUAUAAACGUCCCCCUCCGCGACCUCCCAGCGUUUCGAGUGGGACGGGUCUCUUGUUUGCAUCUACAUCAUCAACGCAAUCUUCUGCAAACGAGAAAAAGGAAGAAGCCAAAGUAGUAGAGGAUAAAACCGAUAAAAAAAUCACUUCAAAUGCUCCGUCACGGCCUCCUAUGCCUCAAAGCAGAGCGGGUCCGUCAGUUCCUCGCGCUCCCCUACGCUCCUCCAGGAAAAGCAGUGACAGAGAGAGAGAAAAAGCGGAGGGGAUGGAGAGAGAGAAGGGACAUAAUUUGACAAAUGAAAAAGAGGGAGCAGCAGUGGGAGAGCAGGGAGAGGAGAAGAGCGAAAGAACCGGGGCACAAGCGCAAUUGGAAAAGGAGAGCGGUUGCCAACAACAACGGGAAGAGGGGGAUGCGGAGAAGGAUGCGAUGGAGGACAAACAAAGAUCUAGUAGUGCUUGUUUGUCAGUUAAGAAACCAAGUAGACCAGUGCCACCGCCAAGACGAAAACCCCAGACCCCAGAGUCGCCUCACUGUCCGACCCAGGCUGGAGGAGGGGGAGGGAGCAGGCUGCCCCCUCCCUCUCCAGGACGCCGGCCCGAUGUGUCACUCUACUCACCACAGGGGGGCGCUGUCCUGGUGACGGACCCAGACUCGGCCUCUACGAGCAGCACUGAGGAAGAGGCAGAGAUACAUGAACAAAGUCGUGCAGAGAGCCGCAGCCCUAAACCUGGAGUGAAGAGGACCCCAACCACAGUGAUGCUGGGCCGGGCACGUCACCGUCUGUCCUCCGUCCUCACAGGUCUCAUCAGCCAUGACCGCCGCCUCACACAGAGGCUCGUGGAGCUCGCCAGGGACCCCUCCAGCUACUUCGGAAGUCUGGUGAAGGAGCACCGCAUGUUCACCCUGGAGACGAUGUCCAGACAUGCCUCCUCCACAGAGCUGCUCCAGGAGAUCAGGCAGAUGAUGACUCAGCUGAAGAGCUACCUGCUGCAGAGCACAGAACUGCACAACAUGAUGGAGCCACAGCACCAGUACAGCCAAGAGAAACUCGAAAGUAUUGCAGAAGCUGCUCUGUGUAAAAGUGUUUUAAAACCUCUGAGAGAGCCCAUUUACCAGUGUCUGGAGAAACUGCACAGUGACAGUGGAAGCCUCGAGAAACUGGCCCAAAAUCAGUCUAUUGUCCUGGGAAGCACCACCACCGCUUUAGGAGUGACCACUGCUGUCCCAGAAACUUCAUCCAUGGAGAAGAUCAGUAUCAAACUCAGUAACCUUCACCUGGAAUAUUCACCACAGAGGAAGAUCGAGAUGCUGCUCAAAGCCUGCAAGAUCAUCUACGACUCCAUGUCCGUCAGCUCACCUGGGAAGUCUCACGGUGCAGAUGACUUCUUACCUGUGAUGAUGUACGUCUUGGCCCGCUCGAACCUCAGUCACCUGCAGUUGGACGUGGAGUACAUGAUGGAGCUCAUGGACCCAGCACUGACCCUGGGAGAAGGCUCAUAUUAUCUGACCACCACAUACGGAGCUCUGGAGCACAUGAAGACAUUUGACCAGCAGAGGACAGCGACGAGGCAGCUGAGCAGAGAGGUGCAGGACUCCAUCCACCGCUGGGAAAGAAGAAGAACUUUGAACAAGGACAGCACCACCCAGGGCUCAGUGCGGGAUUUCCUGACCGUCUGUUGUCCGAUUAUGGGAGAAAACCCUAAAACUCUAGGUGUGCUCCCGACCACCACCAUCGAGCAGCUCAGCGAACAGUGCGCCUCACGAUUCAAAGAAGAAAUAUUAGAGCGUGGACUGUCUGACCCAGACUCGUACAUUCUCAGCGUGGUCAUUGAUGAAGAGAACCGGCCCCUGGUUCCUUCUGAGGUGGCUCUAAGUGUGAAAAACAGCUGUACGCCUGGAGCUUACUGUUUUGUGUACCACCCCAAAGACCACCCAGUGUCCAACCCAGCUCGGACUGGACCCAAAGACCCUCCCCCUGCACCCCCUCCUACUGCCCCACCAAAUGUGCCUCCACCAGUGCCUGCUGUAUCACCCAGCUCCCCUGCUUCGACUGUUCCUUCUCCACCCAUUCGACCACCAAAUGUGCCCCCUCCAAUCCCUGCUUCAUCUAUGGUUCCCCCCAGUGUGCCACCACCUAUAUCAGCGCAAAAAACAAUGUUACCCCCUGGUUCUUCACCAGUCCGACCACCAAAUGUGCCCCCUCCAUUGCCUGCUGCAUCAGUGGUUCCACCCAAUAUUGCACCACCUACUAUGCCAACACCCAGUUCCCCUGCUUCGCAUGCUCCUCUGCCGGUCCGUCCACCAAAUCUGCCACCCCCAGUGCCUGCUGCUCCAUCAGCGCUUCCACCCAAAAUUCCUCCACCUAAUGUAAAACCAAUUUCUGUGCAAACAUCUGUCCAUUCUCCAACUUCUCCACCAUCAAGACCACCAAAUUUGCCACCUCCACUGCCCAGUCUGCCUUCGGCCUCGUCCAGUACCCCUCCACCAUCUGUUCCUCCACCUGUACCUUCACCUGGUCCAGUUUUAGCCCCGCCCUCUGUACCCCCACCCUCUUCUCCAUCCUCUGCUUCACCUGAACCAUCUGAGGCUCCUCCUUCGACUCCUCCUCCUCCAACCGAUUCUUCCCCACCAGAGGGACACUGCACUUCUUUGGGGGACACUGCAGACACAGACCCUGAGGUGGAAGUUACAGAAGAGGGGGUCCUCAUCAAUCUUUAGUCAAACAGAAUAAAACAAAACCAAUCAUUUAUUAUAAAGUUUAUGAAGCUUUGACGCGGUUUCAUCCACCAUUGCCUGUGGAUAGUUUCAGCCAAUAAUUGUAAUCAAAAUGAAUCUGGAAUAGACUAAAACAGAAUGCAUGUUCACUGACAAACGUGUUUCUCGUAAAAAGGAUAAAUUACAAUCUAGUCAUUUGCUAAUUUGUCAUAAUACUAAUUCCUUAACACUUUUACAGACGUUUCACAAUUAUCUAUUCAUUAUUAUUCAUUCACUCAGUGGUGCUAAGCUUGUACUGUAGCCACAACUGUCCUGGGACAAGACCGACAGAACUGAGGCUGCCAAUCUGCACUUUUGGCCCCUCCGACUACAAACACACUCACACCACAUUCAUGCAAGGCAAUGUGGGUGCGGUUUCUUGCCUAAGGACACAACAGCAAUUUUUGUCACUGGCGCCCCACUGUCGCACCUGAUUUUCCCAGCAGUCUCCCAUCUAAGAACUAACCUAGCUUUAAAAAAAUACAAUAAAAUGAUUUAACAUGAGACAAUGGAAAAACAUGAAUGUUGAAUGUGCCAAAGACGUUUUAUAUAAUGAACUUUCACUUUGGGGUCAGGCACCCUCUGGACUGACGAAUGACGCAUGUUUCUUUGUGCACUUUUGUACCUUAUUAUAGUUUACUUUCAAAACUUUAACACUUGCUUUAAGUUUGUUGUGAUGCUAAAAACUACAGCUAUUCUAUAAAGCAGGGACAUAGCAAAGCAGUAUUACUACAGUGAAUGUUUUGUACAAUGUAAAGUUUGUGUUUUACAUUUUAUAUAUAAUCGGAUUUUUUUUGUAAAUAAAACAUAUCUUACAUAUA